AUGACAAAACUCAAUGCUGUAGCUCCAUUUGAAGAAGUUGGGAGUAUUGUCUUUUCUGUUGGAAAUGAUGAAAAUACGACCAAUGCAACAAAUAAUAAUCACGAGAAAGGAAUUGAUGGAUUUUCGGUAUUCACGACGUUGAGUACGAAUAAUGGUCGUGUACCGUUUUUGCACUCGAUCAAAUUCUGUAUCAUACUACUCAUUGGUGUAGCCGUUUUGACAAGUGUCACGAUUAUUUCGGGUAUUUGGCUGGCUGCUUUAUUACCUUCGAAUUUUGAAUGGAGUCAAAAAGGAAGAGAUUAUGAAUUCAAACGAAUGAUCAAUUCAGUGAGUGACCUUUUGGUUGAUGUCACACAGUCAUUAAACGUCAUGAAGGGGCAAUUAUGGAGCAUGAUGGAUUUUACCAAUGCACAACAAAUUGAAUUGGCCACUUAUCAAACGUUCAAAGCUGAAAAACAACAUCAUAAAGGUCUCGUAGUGACAGUGUACGUUGGUGAUCCAACAGGUGCUGCACUCGGGAUUUACUACGAAAGAGGAGUGACGACCUUUCUCAACAUGUCCUUGGACGCUCAAAUAAGUUACAAUUGCGAUUCGAAUAUUGAAAAGUAUGACUAUUGUAAACGAAGUUCAACACCUUCUGACUUUUUUGAUCCUGUGGACCUUUCGGCGUUAACUGACAAAUCUCCUUUCCGAUAUUAUUUGGCCUAUGACUUGACCGUGGCAAGUGCUUCAGAGUUUCUGAUUGAAACCACUCGACAAGUUUCAAGUUCGAAAAGUUUUAUUUUUGAAACUGAGACCAAUUAUUUAGUGGCAAUUGACAACCCCAAUUUAAAAUCAGCCUUCUUAAACCAAAACAAGGAAAUUGUUCGAAAUACCAUCUUCUCUCUCAAGGACGAUAGAACCACUCAAGUCGCUACCACUGUUUAUCAAGCCCUUCUUAAGGAUUUUAAAUCUCUUCCGUGCAAUACCAUGACAACACUCGAUUUGACCUUCUCCUCCGAUUACAUUUCUGUAAAUCGACUCUGUACUUCUACACAAGUGGAUUGGAUUUUUGUCAUGGCCAUUCCAAAAUGGAGUUUCUUGAGCUCGAUCAUUAUUGGAAUUGUAUCAUCUGUUUGUGGAGCUUUCUUGUUAGUGAUAGUAGCCAUUUCAUUUUCUAGUUUCAUUUCAUGGAAGAUUGUUAGUCCAUUCUACAAUUUAAUUCAACAAUUUGAUUCCAUCUCGCACAUGAUUUUAGAUAAUAUUCACAUUCAACCAAGCAAAUUCUCAGAAGUUAAAUUAUUGCAACAACAUUUCAUGAAUAUGGCACAUUACAUUCGUUUAUAUCGAGCGUUUAUUCCUCCGCAUUUACUUUCUCAGUUGGAUUAUCAAGAUGCCAUCGAAGAAAGUGAAACGAUGGUGGCCAAUAAUAAUUUAUCACUUUUACAAACAAGUCGGCAGCUGAAUCGAUCCAAUGCUUACAAAACAGAGGAAGAGGACGACAUGGAAGCAGAAAUCAUUUCCGAAAAGAGUAGUUUUGUUGGAAAGGAAUCAUGUUCUCAUCAUCCUCGUCACAAGAAGAAUCAAGCGGUGGAUCAUUUAUUUUCACUCUUUUUGGAAAAGAAACCAGUGACCAUUGUGAAUUUAGUACUUGUGGAAUUUUCUGAAUUAUUGAAAAAUGUUUCCAAUCCUAACGAUUGUUUGGCGUUAUUGACAGAUGUUUUUGAACAGAUUGCUUGGGUGAGUCGAACUACGAGUGGAUUCAUUGGUUCCUUUGAAAAUGAUUCCAUAACCUUAUCGUUCAAUUCGACCACCUCUCAAUUGAAACAUCAAGAAAAAGGGGCACAAGCUGCCAAACUACUUCUUGACAAGUUGACACUUGUGAAGGAAAAGAAAUGGAGUUCACAUGUCAUUAGGGCCAUGACCUCACGUCGCUCUCAAGUCACCACCUCUUCAAGUGGUUCUAAACCUCCCCAACAAGCUCAAAAUCAAGAAUCUACUACUUCUACUGAAAUGGAUCUCAUUCCAUCAAAAUCUACAACAUUGCCUCCCCAGGAUGAAAUUAAUCAUAAUUAUUACGAAAAGAUGAAACAUUUACUCAAUUCUGUGAAAUUACACAUUGCUAUCUGCUCUCAGGAAUGCAUUGUUGGAAAUGUUGGAAGUAGUGAGUUAAAAUCAACCGUUUGCAUUUCGAGUGCCAGUCACAAUUUGGAAUUAAUGAUUCACACAGCUCAACAACUCUGCAUUCCAAUUGUUGUGAGUGAAAGUAUUCAACAACAAGUUCGAAAUGGUUUUUACACGCGUUAUCUCGAAACACUGCCCUUCAUUAUUGACAAUGAAUAUUCUUCUGUCGUUCAAAUAUUGGGCUAUUCAACACAAGAUGACAUGGAUAAGAGACGUAUUCUACAAGCUGUCUACGAAUUGGGAGAUGUCAAAACGAUGAGCACGCCACAAGAGUAUACUCAGCGAGUUUCCACAAGUGUUGUUUCAUCGUCCUCUGGAGAAGAAACCAAAUGCAUGAAAUGGAGAAUGUAUGAGGAAGCUUGUGAAGUCAUGCUCAUUCAGAAGGAUUAUGAACGAGCUUUGAAAUUGUUUGAGUCGUUUUUGAAAGAAAUGGAUGAAGGAGAAGGGUUUUCGAAUGGUACGGAAGAACCCGAUCGACCCACUCUUCGAUGGAUGGAGCAUUGUAAGAAAAACAUUUCCAGCCAUGACGAAUGA